AACACCGGAUUUUGAGCGCGUGCACCCGGUCGGCUUGCUCGAGCAUCCACACUGGGACACAAAUGGAAACUCUUAGGGGAAACCCAGAAAUAAGAAGUCCUGCCGCUGUAAAACAGUUGUAAUAAUAAUGGAGCAACAACAGCGUCGUUUUCUUCCCUGUCCGUCCUUCAUAAUUUAAUCGUUACAUCGUUCCGAAGCGCGGCAAAGCACGUCCCGUUGUUAUACUAGCCUAGGCUACGGAUCGACUGAUUGUUGUGAUACGGACGGAUUUGUGUACGCAGGAGAUGAUAUAACGCACCUUGAAGACGACUAGAACGAGAACGGGUAACUGGAGCCGCGCGAAGAGGAAGCAUGAAGUUUGCGGUUGCAGUGUUGUGGCUGUUGUGGUUCUCGGUCGGCGAUGCCACUAUUGAAGCUCCAGAGGAGUUUGUGUCUCUGGCUGAGAUGGAGGAUGCCUUGUUGAGGAACCUGUUUAGAGGGUAUCAGAAAUGGGUCCGACCCGUUCUGCACGCUAACGACACCAUCACAGUACGCUUCGGACUCAAGAUCUCACAGCUGGUGGACGUGGAUGAGAAGAAUCAGCUGAUGACUACUAAUGUCUGGCUAUGGCAGGAGUGGGUAGAUGUGAAGCUGCAGUGGAACCCUGAUGAGUAUGGAGGAAUCACCUCUAUCAGAGUUCCCUCUGAAACAAUAUGGCUGCCAGACAUCGUCCUCUAUGAAAAUGCUGACGGGCGUUUCGAGGGCUCCCUGAUGACCAAAGCCAUCGUGAGGUCAGACGGGACAAUCAGGUGGACCCCUCCGGCCAGCUACAAGUCUUCAUGCACCAUGGACGUCACCUUCUUUCCCUUCGACAGGCAGAACUGCUCCAUGAAGUUUGGCUCGUGGACCUACGACGGCAACAUGGUGGACCUGGUCCUUGUGGACCACUACGUCGACCGUAAGGACUUCUUCGACAACGGUGAAUGGGAGAUCCUCAACGCCACCGGCGCCAAGGGCAGCCGACGGGACGGUAUCUACUGGUACCCCUUCGUUACCUACUCCUUCAUCCUCAAGAGGCUUCCUUUGUUCUACACACUCUUCCUCAUCAUCCCCUGUCUCGGUCUGUCCUUCCUGACCGUGUUGGUGUUCUACCUCCCGUCUGACGAAGGAGAGAAGCUGUCUCUGUCCACGUCGGUCCUGGUGUCUCUCACCGUGUUCCUCCUCGUCAUAGAAGAGAUUAUACCGUCCUCCUCCAAGGUGAUCCCUCUGAUUGGAGAGUACCUCCUCUUCAUCAUGAUCUUCGUCACCUUCUCCAUCAUUGUCACGGUGUUUGUCAUCAACGUCCACCACCGCUCCUCAGCCACCUACCACCCCAUGGCCCCCUGGGUAAAAAACCUCUUCCUCCAGAGGCUACCCAGACUGCUUUGCAUGAGGGGACACACUGACAGGUACCACUACCCAGACAUUGAGCUGCGUAGCCCAGAGCUGAAGCCCCGCGGAGGUCCAGGGAGGAGGGGGGCGUCGGGCCAGGGCCAAGCCCAGCAGAGAGGCCCUGUCGGGGGGAAGGAGGAUGAGAACCAUGCCUGGUUGGCCAUGCUGGAAAAAGCCACCAACUCAGUACGGUACAUCAGCCGUCACAUCAAGAAGGAACACUUUAUCAGAGAGGUGGUGCAGGACUGGAAGUUUGUGGCUCAGGUGUUGGACAGGAUCUUAUUGUGGGUGUUCCUCACUGUCUCCAUACUGGGUACCAUCCUCAUCUUCACUCCAGCCAUCACUUUGUACCUGACCACUCCCCCCUUCAACACAUAGACCCUAUCAGUAGACCCUAACCCCUAUAGACAUAAUCAGUAGACCCUAACCCCUAUACCCUACCACCUACACCCUACAACACAUAAUCAGUAGACCCUAACCCCUACACCCUACCACCUACACCCUACACCCUAACCCCUACACCCUACAACACAAUCAGUAGACCCUAACCCCUACACCAGGGCUGUUCUAUGUCGGUCCUGGUCCUGGUGGGCCCAAACACUUCUGGUUUUCAUCCUCUCCUUCUAAUAAGGGACUAGUUCAGUCCUGGGACACCAGGUGAGUGCAACUGACUUGAAUUGAACAGCGCUGCCCUACACCCUAAGCCCUACACCCUAAGCUCUACACCCUGCCUACUUCAGGGGUAUUCAAAUCUUACCCAACGAGGUCCGGAGUACUGCUUGUUUUCAGAUUGUUAUUUGAGGGCUCUACUCCCUAACCCAGUGUUUCCCAAUCCUGGUCCUAUGGACCCAGAAGGGUGCACAUUGUGGAUUUCCCCUAGCACCAACACACCUGAUUCCACUAAUCAGGUUUGCAGUGUGUUGGUGCCAGUAGUGUAAAGUACUUAAGUCAAAAUACUGGUUGGUGCUGGGACCAGGACCAGGAUCAGUAAACACUGCCCUACCCCCUACACCCUAACCCCUACAUCCUAACCCCUACAACCUACAUCCUAACCCCUACAUCCUAACCCCUACACCCUACAUCCUAACCCCUACACCCUA